AUGUCCACGGUAACGAGCCCUCGCGCCCAGCGCUCUGCUUCCGCGCCCGGCAAGGGCGGCGCUGAGCUCCACGCAGGCGGCGAAGGAGCCGAAAUUGCAGCCAAGAGCCGCGAAGUGAUCGACGGACUCAAGAAACUCUACGCCAGCAAGCUCCGGCCGCUGGAAAAGCGCUUCGACUUUGGGGAAUUCCACUCGCCGCUGCUGAGCGACGCCGACUUUGAAGCCAAACCACAGGUGCUCAUGAUCGGGCAGUACUCGGUGGGCAAGACCUCGUUCAUCGAGUACCUGCUGGGCCGACCGUUCCCUGGACAACGUGUCGGACCGGAACCUACGACGGACCGCUUCGUUGCCGUCAUGCACGGAGAGGAGGAGCGUACAGUCCCGGGCAACGCCGCGUGUGUGUCGCCUGAUCUGCCCUACGGCGGGUUGUCCAUGUUUGGCACAGCUUUCCUCAACAAGUUCGAGGCAGCGCAGCUCCCUGCUUCCAUACUCGAGCAAUUAACGAUCGUAGAUACUCCUGGUAUCCUGAGUGGGGAGAAGCAACGCAUCUCGCGCGGCUACGACUUCACGCAGGUCGCACGCUGGUUCGCAGAGCGCUCGGACCUCAUCUUGCUGCUCUUUGACGCGCACAAGCUCGACAUCUCGGACGAAUUCCAGCGCGUGAUCGAAGUGCUGCAGGGACAAAGCGACAAGGUGCGCUGUGUGCUGAACAAGGCCGACCAAAUUGACCAGCAGCGCUUGCUUCGGGUCUACGGCGCUCUGAUGUGGUCCCUGGGCAAGGUGCUGAAGACACCUGAGGUCAUGCGUGUGUAUCUGGGCUCCUUCUGGUCGCAGCCACGCCAACAGCAUGGAGAAGAUGGCGCUAACAGCACGCCCGAGGCGCUUUUCGACGCCGAAGAACGAGAUUUACUGGACGAAUUACGUGCCCUGCCGCAGCACGCAGCCGUUCGUAAAAUAAACGAGCUGGUGAAGCGCGCUCGACUGGCCAAGGUGCAUGCGUGCCUGCUGGGGCAUUUGCGAGACAAGAUGCCGUCCGUGUUCGGGAUGGAGAAGAAGCAACGAGAGCUGCUCGAGAACAUGGCAGAGAACUUCCGAGAGGUGCAGCGUAAGUAUAACCUGCCCCCAGGCGACUUCCCGUCGAUCGAUGCCUUCGUCCGCCAGUGCGCCGACCGCAAGUUCACAAAGUUCCCGUCCCUCAAGUCCCGGGAGCUGCAGGACAUCGACGACAUGCUCACCAAGGACAUUCCCGCGUUGAUGGCCUCGCUACCGAAGCACACGCGCGUCGGGGUCGCCGGCGUAGAGAGCUCCGAGACAGCGAGUGCUCACAGCACCAACCCAUUCGCCAGCGUCGCGCCUAUCGGAAGACUUCAGUGGGAGGAGGCUCUGCUGGGCUGCAAGCCUGAGUACGAUGCCAUCUUCGCCACGUUAGCUGCGGAUUCUUCUGGCCGCGUGUCCGGAGCAAACUGCAUGGCUCCACUACAGAAGCAGGCUUCGGCGUCAGUCUCGCACGAGACGCUGCGGGCGAUCUGGGACCUCGCCGACCAGUCGAAUGCUGGCAGUCUGGACGCCGACCAAUUCGCGGUGGCCAUGCAUCUCUGUGCCAGGGCCAAAGUGGGCGAACCCGUUCCCGCAGAGCUCCCCGCGUCGCUCGUGCCUCCUUCAAACGGAAAGGAGCAGCCCCACCACGUGGGCAGUUCACCGCAGACCAGCGCAAUUCGCAAGCCCGCCAUAGUCUAG